AUGGAUUUCUUGAAGAGCAACCUCGCCAGUGGCGGGUCGAACAAGGCCCAACCCAGCGCGCAACAAUCUAGUGGUGGAUUCAUGAGUCGCGUGAACGAAGCUGCGGGUGGAGGACGCAAGGCUGAACAGAACGAGGAUUUCGUCGACAAAGGUGUCGACUUUGUCCAGGAAAAGUUCCUAGGUCAGGGACCGCAGGAUAACGAGUCUGCGUUUGAGCAGAUGAAGGAUAAGCAGAUUGCGGAUGCGAUUAGGAGGCAGGGGGGGUUUGGGGGUGUGAAGUAA